UCAUGUGAGAAUGGUGGAGUUUGCAUUUAUUCAAAUCCAAAACCAAUUUGUGAAUGUUCGAAAGUCUUUCGCGGUGAAAAAUGUGAAAAGAAGCAGAUAUCUGUGUCUCUUUCCUCACAUUAUAAAGGACACUUUUUGGAUUUUUCGAAUGACAUUUUGACAGUUGAUAUUCUAGAAUUUAGUUGAGAAUAAAUUGGUAGAGGUUAGCAAAUCGGAAGCUUGGAAAACAAUUAAGAACCUAUUUGGAAAUGUUUCUGAUACUCCGUUUGCAAAUCAUCCAAAUAAUAUGGAAACAUUCCCAAUGACUGGUUAUGUUAAUCUUCAUAAUGUUGAUAUCAUUUA